CUCUAUUAUCAGGUAGUGUUCUACACACAGCGUGAAUCAGAAAUGGGAAUGCCACAGAUGCUUCAGAAACUGUCCCCGAAGAUUAACAAGAAGAAUGGAUUUUUAAUCUUAAUCUUGGUUGGUCUUGUUGUUGCGGCUGAGUUUGUUGAGAAGGACUUCAUGUGCCCUUGUGAAGAAGUCCUUAGAUGGGUGUUUUUUGUCUUCUACCUGUUCAUUCCUGCCUUCAUCACGUUAACGGUCACAUAUUGCAUUAUGUGUGAGCUGUAUAAAGAGGAUUUUGCAAGUCAGAAAUCUGAUGUUGAAAAUAAAGGUCAGAAAACUCCUGAAGAAAGACAAGGACAGAAAUCCAGCCCGAUUGAGGAAACUGAAGACGAGGAGAGUGAUGAAGCUGAGAAGAGUGAUGAAGCUGAAGGACCUCGGAAUUGUAGAUUCUUCUUGAAGUGUUGCAUUCCGACUGUCGUUUGGAUAAUCCUGUUCUUCAGUGAUGGAAGAUUUGUGGCUUGUUUGUGUACAGAGUUAAAGGAAGGAUAUGCUGACAGCAAUCCACAUCCACCAUGGGAAUGGUGUCACAAACAACGAAACCUGACUUAUGCACAGCAACGUGCAGAGACAUCAUAUAAAUAUUCCAAGGUGGUCGGGUUUGGUUGUCUCUUCUUUGUCUCGAUUAUAAUAAUGAUUUAUAAAUGUCGUGUAAUACACAAAGCCAGCAAGCAACAGACACACAAACAGACUGCUGUGCAAGAUGAAGGCAUACCAUUGCGGGAAGGUGCCAGGGCAGAUGAAAGCUGAAAUCUACAGAUGCUCAAAAAAGGACCCUGCAAUAAUUCAUUCAUCUAUUACUGUCAGCAUUCUAUUAUUUUUGAAAUGCUUUGUUUGUUUGUUUGCUUGUUUGAUUUGCUUUUCAAUUUCUCUUUCCAGUUUAAACCCACUAGCUAGAACUGUACCUUAUAUUCUACCACUGCUAGGAGGAUAAAGGCUAGAAUGAUCUUGCUCUGAGACACAUAAAGUUCAACAAAUCCUCUUAAACUGUAGCUAAUACAGUAAGAUGGAGGAGAAUGUUAAAUGCUAAUAAUGUUAUGCCAGCUAAUGUUUCAGUGUCUGUGCUGGCUAGCUAUAUCAUUGAUAGUCAAUACUAAUGGACUAAUAUCACAGAAUUUCACUUUGCACAGAGGUACCAGGCAAGGAUGCCCCCUCUCCCCCCUCCUAUUCUCAAUUUUCAUAGAACCACUAGCAGCAGCUUUACGACAAAGCCCAAAUAUCAGAGGGAUCCGGACCAACACCACAGAACACAAAAUCAGCCUGUAUGCAGACGAUAUUCUAUUGUUCCUACAAAACCCACUCUCUUCAAUUUCUCAAACUAUACAAAUAAUUGAAAAAUUCUCCAAAAUUUCAGAUUACUCCAUUAACUGGACCAAAUCCACCAUUCUACCAUUUAAU